GUACGCGAGAGUCCAACCGAGUCCAACCACCAUCUUUGUUAGCCCCUCUCAAAAUUGAAAUUCGCGCGCACUGUCGUUCAUCCCGAAUAUUCCCGGAUCACUACGAUUAGUCCACGAUUUACAAACGGACAUAAGGCGAACUGUAAUCGAUCUCAGCGGUGGUGCGYGCGCGUUCGCAUUUUGGCGGGAAAAUCCGAAAAGAAAAAAAAAACAGAAGAAACUGGACACUCCCUGCUACAUACAGCUACGAGAAACGACAAAAAAGCAUUGUCUUUUAACUUUUAAAAGACGUUACCAACAUAGUAGAGAAGAAACGUUUCGCUUAGAUUUUGGAAACAAAAAGGAAUUCACUUCAAAACGACACGUAUUUUUAUUCAGCUUUUUCUCCUAAAAAAAUGAGCAGUAGUCUGAAUUCCCCGCUCUGGCGCCUACAACAAGUCCCGGGAACGCCUUUACUAGAUGUGUCAAGAUUUUCGUCUGCCAUCAGUUCGCCUGCACAUGUCCCAGACAUCGAUGACCAAAGUGGGUUAUUUCGUUUGCCCUAUGGAAGACGAACCCCCAAAUCGGCACCAGGGACUCCUGGGAUGACAGUUCCAUCAUCGGUUCAACAUAAGAACUUGAACAGAAUACAUAAAACCUGCAAAGAAAAACAACUAGAGACUCCGAAAAGAGAGCAGCGAGUUCCUAGCUGUUCUCCUCAAGUAACCAACAGUCCAGCACCAAAUGACGACGAUCAAACACGAGAAGMAAGUGCGGAAUAUCAACAUCCAACAAAACAGAUAAGUCUGUUCACGGGGGAGGACAUUUUUGCUUGAAUAAUGUAUGGCUCAAUCAUUGAAUGUAGUUGGUAAUGUGCAGUGUCUGGCAGUGAAAUCAGUAAUUUCACAUAACCCUUCGUGUUGAUUGCAAGAGAACUUAGGCAUCAUUUAUAGAUCUAAAACUCAAAACYGAACUAACGAG